GCUCCAAUAAUCAAAGAGGCAGAUAGCCACGGAUAAUGCCGGUGACAUGCAUGGCUUGCACACCACUCACAAAACCACACCUUGCUCACUCUUAUCACCAUAGUUUCCAUUAUAGCCAUGGCAGAAGCUUCAGGGCUUCCUCUGCUGCUCCUGGUGUAGACCUCAACACUCUCCAGUCUGCCAUUACCAAGAAAGACAGUAAUGCUGUUAAAGAGGCACUUGAUCAGCUCAGUGAAGUUGGUUGGGCCAAGAAAUGGAGUUCUCAGCCAUACGUUUCACGCCGCACGGCAGCUUUUCUUUUUACUGUGGUGGGAACAACUGGAUUCUUAGGUCUUCUUGCUGGCCAGCUUCCCGGGGAUUGGGGCUUCUUUGUACCAUACUUGAUUGGAAGUAUUUCCUUAGUAGUUUUGGCUAUUGGUAGCAUAUCCCCCGGGCUUCUCCAAGCAGCUAUCAGCAGCUUUUCAACAUUUUUCCCUGAUUAUCAAGAGAGGAUUGCCAGACAUGAAGCAGCACACUUCUUAAUUGCUUAUCUGCUUGGUGUACCCAUUUUGGGGUAUUCAUUGGAUAUUGGGAAAGAGCAUGUCAACCUUAUUGAUGAGAGGCUUGAAAAACUUAUCUAUAGCGGUCAACUUGAUGCCAAAGAGCUAGACAGAUUGGCUGUUGUAUCAAUGGCUGGACUUGCAGCAGAAGGUUUGGAAUAUGACAAGGUGGUUGGUCAAUCUGCUGAUCUUUUCAGUCUGCAGAGAUUCAUAAACAGAAGUAAGCCACAACUCAGCAAAGAUCAGCAACAAAAUCUCACUAGAUGGGCUGUUCUGUUUGCUGCUUCUCUCCUGAAAAAUAACAAGGUAAGUCAUGAAGCAUUGAUGGCAUCAAUGUCAAACAAGGCAAGCGUACUAGAAUGCAUUCAAACAAUCGAGAGUUCAGCAUAGUUGGAAGGCCCUCUCUGCUAAUCAAGGCUUUUUUAAUAGAGGCUAUUUCUGCUUUGGAUUUUCGGGGCUAUUGAGUUAUACGUGUCUUAUAGCUUUGGUUCACACAAUCUUUAGAUUGGGAUAUUUGUAAUAAUGAACUCCACACAAAUAGGGAAACUGCAAAAAAGGGAGCAGAAAGUGUUCUACUAAUUCUUGUUAAUAUAUAACGAAUAUCCAUUUUUUCUUA